ACGGUGUUACAGUCUUUUGAAUAUCAAACUUCUUGCUGGAAAAGGCUCCUCUUUCUUUCAGCAGCACUCGGGGUGUUGAUUCAAUAUUUUAUCUUCUAAACCCAUUCACCCUCACAUUCAACAACAGAGAAUUCAAAGCGUAAACCAAUUGACCUUGCAAUAAAAAGGCUCCUCCCACAAAAGCACUCGUGAUGUUGAAAUCGUGGGCUUUGGUGAUGAAGUCAAGAGGGAGGCAAAAACAGUGGUUUGUAGCUCUGGAAUGGUGAAGUUGAGAGAGAAAGCAACGUUGAGGAGAGAGGUUUUUAAAUCUGUGAGAGAGAGGGAGGAUAAAAGAGAAGGAAUUGAAGAGAUUGGUUGGUUACAAGAGUUGAUGAUGUGGCAUAUAUUUUAAUAAUAUCAAAUAUCACUGGUUAAUGGUUAUAGCUUAUCAUCGGAAAAUUUCUCGUCUGUUUUGUACUUCAAAGAAAUCCAAGCAGGCCAACCCCCUCUCCCAUUCUCCCUCAUAUUUGGUCACGCGUACCCUGUGUUGUUGAGCAAGGAAUGAUAGGAGGAGGAAGAAUCCAACUGAACGGGUGGCAACAGGCGGCCGUUGCUGUUGGUUCCGCGGUGGGUGCGUUGUUAGAUCCACGAAGAGCGGAUUUGAUAGCGGCGCUUGGAGAAACAACCGGAAAACAUGCUUUUGAAAGAGUUGUCGAAAGAAUGAAGAAGAGCCCGGAAGGAAGAGCACUUCUCUUGGAGAGACCUCGUGUCAUAUCUGCUCAAGUGGGGCAUGCUUGGGAUUUGCCAGCCAAUACAUUUGGUGCUGCCUAUGCAAGCUUCAUGGGAUCCAGGAACUUUUCCCCAGAUGACCGUCCACCAGUGCGAUUCAUGGAAACGGAAGAAUUGGCAUAUGUUGCCAUGCGGGCUCGCGAGGUUCAUGAUUUCUGGCACACCCUUUUUGGGCUGCCCACCAACUUGAUUGGCGAGUCAGCUCUCAAGGUGAUUGAAUUCGAGCAAAUGUACCUGCCAAUGUGCCUGAUGUCUGUUGUUGGAGGCACAGCUAGAUUUACUGAGAAGCAGAGGAAAUCUUUCUUCCAGCACUACUUCCCAUGGGCCGUUCGGGCUGGCUUGCAGAGCACAGAUCUCAUGUGUGUGUAUUAUGAGAAGCACUUUCACGAGGAUUUGGAAGAUGUCCGUAGAAAAUGGGGGAUAACUCCUGCUCCUGCUGCCCCUAAUCAAGAUGUGCCUUGACAUGUGAGAAGAUGUACAAAAGGAGUUUUUUUGGAUGGUAAAAACGAGAUUCGCUUGCAAAUUCCAACAGCGAAAAGCUUGUGAACAUCCUUUUGUUCCCCUAACUUGCAUCUUCUUCUUCGUUCAUAAAGCUCGAAGAGUACUCCUUUAAACAUCGUAGAACAGGGUUUAUGAUUAUGUCAAGAUCGGGCUUUCUUAGGCAAGUGAAAGCCCUAGAAAAGCACCUUUUCUUGACCAAACACAAUUGCAACAUAAUAUGAGAACAGGGGUGUUAUCAACUGAAUUCAUGCUUGGAUUUUUAUGGAUUUCAAGCCAUAGAAAAAAAAUUCGGUUCAAACAUGGAUCGGUUAUCUCAUGUUAGUUAUUGCGUUUUAGGUCAUGUUUGUAUUUUAAAAUUCUGAGCCCAACAUGCAAAUUAUUUAUUUUU